AUGUCGACAAAUGCUCGAAAAGGGACAAGGCUUGUGACAUUUCAACUAGCAUGCUAUUCGUUUGAACAUAUGUUCCGCCGCGUGCUUCCAUUAUGGCACCUAUCGGGUCAAUUGGCAUCCUCAUACUCGCUCCGACUCAGACUCAAUCUCGCUGAUUCAAUCUCGGUCGUAAUCUUUGAUAGAGUUUCCGCCCGCCGUUUUCGCUACCCCAUUCGGCCGAGAAUCGUCCUCAGACCCAAAUCACAGGGACCUGGUCCCUUUCCACGUUCAGCCAGGUUCCUGCUCCCGUGCUUCACCCAGGCGCUUUCCGUCGAAACUUCACGCCAAUUGCCGAUUCAACCGCCAUUUGGGGUGUCAUGCACACUCGAACCCACACUUCCCUUUGAACGGUUUGCCUCAUUUGAUCCAACGCUUUAUAACACCCCAGCAUGCCCUGCCUUUCUCGCUUUGUCACACUCUCGAUUCCAGAUGACAAUACCUACGAUGCACUCCCCACAGAACGCUUCACCAGCCCCAAAUUAUGAGGCACUGCGACUUCGGUUGUUGACAUUGCUGUCCAUCUACGAUCUCAUUCCAUAUUCCAUUUCGCACCCACCGGGAAGAGAAGAGCCGCUCGAUAUUACAAGCGUCAUCGACGCUCCGUCCCUUCAGCGAUGUCUAGCUUCUCUUGUGCAGCAAGGAGUUUUGACGUCAGAGGAGAGUCAGGCUUUUGCAAGAGCUUAUCGCUGCACUGGGCAGGACUCGACGGCGCGUAGCAAUUUGAGUGGUCAUACAACACAGCAACAGAGAUUGCCCGGAUUUGUGGGCUACUAA